CGCCCCACCAAUGGAUGCUCCCACUACCAGUAAGAAAAGAAAAGGGCGAGGUCCUACAAAAAACCUCAAAGUCACAGAAACCAUGCAUUUGGAAUACAAUGCAUUGGGUCAACCCUGCGGAAAAUGGCGUAGGCAAUAUGGAAAACAAGUGGGUCUAUGUAUCCGCAAGCUUUCCAUAUUGCACGCAUGGAACGAGGUUCCAGGGGGUUUGAAGAACUCUCUAUGGCAUGAUAUUGUGAAUCUUUUCCACAUCGAGAGCGAUGAGGACAAGAAGAAUGUGUUUCUUUCAGCUGUUGCUGAAAGAUUCAGAGAUUUCAAAUCCAAGCUAGUAACUGGCUGGAUUACGAAGACCCGUCCCUGUACGACCAAAAAGGUCAAAACGGGAAACGAAGGUGGAAAGCAAGAACCUUCGAAGAUGCCCUACGAAAUAUGGGGUCACAUAUCGAAGAGGGAUUGGGAGGCCUUUGUUACCAAAAGAACAACUCCCAUAGAAGUUAAAAAGUGUGGUAAAGCUUCUGAUUCUGCAAGCAAAAGGAAGUUUUAUCAUCGCUUAGGCCAGAAAAAGUACGAUGAGGUCCGAAAAGAGUGGGUGGAAGCGGGUUUAUACCCCAAUCAAAGUUCAUCCACGCCCUCAUCUACGACUAACUCCGCAUAUGUGAAUACUCUUGCUGGAGAUCGGGUGCGUGAUUGGUAUUGCGGGCUUCAUUCCCGAGAUGCAAGUGGUAAAUUUACCAUUAAUGAUCCAGGAACGAAGAAGAUUGCUGAUGCUGUGGUUCAGCAACAGUCGAUUACCAUUUAA